CCGCGCCCGCCGCACCCCUUCUCCAGCCGGCCCGGCCGCCCCCCCACCUCCGGCCCGACCCGGUGGCCUCCUGAGCUCCUGGGCGGCCCAGGCCAGUCUCCACGCGCAGCCGCUCCCGGGCCCAGCCCGGGCCCUGGGGCCUUCCCCGGGCCCAGUCGCCCGCGGGGCCGGCGCUCGGGCCGCAGCGGCCAGGCCAUUCCCGGCGAGGGCUGACAGGAGGCCGCCCAGCUGGGCCGGCGGGCAGUGCCGGCGGGGAGGUGAUCAGCUUUCAUUCGGUUUCCCAGGGAGGAGGAAUGGCUGGGGUGGGGCGCAGGUGGGGGCCUCCCCUUGCCUCCCUUACCCCAGUCUCUCCUCCUCUCUGCGGAGUGAUCAGAGAGGCUUCCUGGCUGCACUUUGCUGCAGGGGGGCCGGGGUGGGCAGUGGAACUGGGGGCCCAGGGCCGGGGACCUUGGGUCUGGCAGCCAUUCAUGCCGGAAAAGAACAGUUGGGUUGCCGCAGUCGGACCUAGACCGCGCUCAGAGUAGCUCCGCUUCCCUCUUUCCUGGGGAGGCUUCAGUACCUGCUUGCGCGUGCAACCUGCUGCCUCCACCCGGAGCCGCUCCUUUCCUUCCUCCUUUCCCGGAAGAUGCUGAGGAUGACAGCCGUUCGCCUGACUGUUAUGUUUCUUUGGCAGAACAGUUAGAGGCCAGGCUGGCCUGUGAAGGCAUCCCCUACCUUCUCCUCUUUCCCUCGGGAGAAAACUUAGAAACUUUUCAAUGUUACAGGCGGAGGAGCCAGGAACCUGAAAGCGGGUUGCAUCUGAUUCUGAAAGUUCCUCCCUUUCCCUGUCAUUACCUUAUGCUGCCACAAAGUGAACCCGUCAUCGGGGAAGGCAGAGCCUCCGUGGCAUUGCUGGCACUCUGCCUCGAAGACCCCCCCCGUCCUGUAGGCAGAGCCUUGUAGACCGUCUCGGUUAAUGACUUGGGCCGUCUGACCAGACCCUCUUCUGUGCCUUGUCUGAGGUCCUUGUCCAUACCUGAUCCUGGGCAACUUCUCUCUCUGGGUUGGGUCACCUUAAGCGGGGAAACUGAAGCCAUUACUCUCCAAACCCUGUUUCAUCUUCCCAAGCAUGUCGGAAAGCUGGCAGCAGCCGCCACAGACGCAGCCACAGCAGCCACAGCCUCCGCAGCCUCAGCACCAUGCAGAACCACCACCAGCCCUGGCCGAGCACACACUGCCCCCGGGCACAGCUGAGAACCCGCUGGGCUGUGCCGUCUAUGGCAUCCUCCUGCAGCCCGACCCAGGCUUGCAGCCCCCGCAGCAUGCGCCCCUGCAGGCAGCAGGCGAGCCGGGCCCUAAGUGCGGGGUCUGUGGUCACGACCUGGCACACCUGUCCAGCCUGCACGAGCACCAGUGCCUGGCAGGCCAUGACCGCUCAUUCCAGUGCACGCAGUGUCUCAAGAUCUUCCACCAGGCUACUGACCUGCUGGAGCACCAGUGUGUGCAGGCGGAACAGAAGCCUUUUGUCUGUGGCGUCUGCAAGAUGGGCUUCUCGCUGCUCACCUCGCUGGCGCAGCAUCACAGCGCCCACAGUGGCACCGGCGGCCUCGUGAAAUGUUCCAUCUGCGAGAAGACCUACAAGCCCGCCGAGGCGGCUGAGCCAGCGGCCGCUGCUGCCCCCUCGCUGCCCCAAGCAGCCCCGCCCCCUACCGUCGCUCCUGCUGAACAGGCCGACAAGCCCUACAGCUGCCCCAUCUGCCAGAAGCCCUUCAAGCACCUGUCGGAGCUCUCGCGGCACGAGCGGAUCCACACGGGUGAGAAGCCCUACAAGUGCACGCUGUGUGACAAGAGCUUCAGCCAGUCGUCCCACCUGGUGCACCACAAGCGCACGCACAGCUCGGAGCGGCCCUACAAGUGCGCGGUCUGCGAGAAGACCUUCAAACACCGCUCCCACCUGGUGCGCCACAUGUACGCGCACUCGGGCGAGCACCACCUCUUCCGCUGCAACGUGUGCGAGCUGCACUUCAAGGAGUCGUCGGAGCUGCUGCAGCACCCGUGCACGCCGAGCGGGGAGCGGCCCUUCCGCUGCGGCGAGUGCCAGAAGGCCUUCAAGCGGCCGUCGGACCUGCGGCAGCACGAGCGCACGCACAGCGCCGAGCGGCCCUUCAAGUGCGACCUGUGCCCCAUGGGCUUCAAGCAGCAGUACGCGCUCAUGCGGCACCGGCGCACGCACAAGACCGAGGAGCCCUUCAAGUGCGGCCUGUGCGAGAAGGGCUUCGGGCAGCCCAGCCACCUGCUCUACCACCAGCACGUGCACACCCUCGAGACCCUCUUCAAGUGCCCCGUGUGCCAGAAGGGCUUCGACCAGUCGGCCGAGCUGCUGCGGCACAAGUGCCUGCCGGGCGCGGCCGAGCGGCCCUUCAAGUGCCCGGUGUGCAACAAGGCCUACAAGCGGGCGUCGGCCCUGCAGAAGCACCAGCUGGCCCACUGCUCGGCGGCCGAGAAGCCCCUGCGCUGCACCCUGUGCGAACGCCGCUUCUUCUCGUCCUCCGAGUUCGUGCAGCACCGCUGCGACCCAGCCCGCGAGAAGCCGCUCAAGUGCCCGGACUGCGAGAAGCGCUUCAAGUACGCGUCAGACCUGCAGCGGCACCGGCGGGUGCACACGGGCGAGAAGCCCUACAAGUGCCCCAACUGUGACAAGGCCUUCAAGCAGCGGGAGCACCUCAAUAAGCACCAGGGCGUGCACGCCCGGGAGCAGCAGUUCAAGUGCGCGUGGUGUGGCGAGCGCUUCCUGGACGUGGCCCUGCUGCAGGAGCACAGCGCGCAGCACAGCGCGGCCGCUGCUGCUGCCGAGGGCGCCUACCAGGUAGCCGCCUGCCUGCCCUGAGUCCACGCCACGCCCCGCCGGGCCCCGCCCAGCCUCCUUACACCAAGCCCUCCAUCCAGCUCGGGUUCCGGGGCCCUGGGCUUGAGGACAAAAGGGCGCUGGGCAGGUGGAGGGUGUGGGUGCCUGGCGCUCCAGGUACCGGCCUGGAGGUGGGGGGACCCAGAUUGCUGUGGCUGGCCCUGAUUCCACAAACCUCUUUUCCAUUACAGGAUUCGCUUUCUUGAGAGCCGUCAGCCUCCCUUGUCUCCGGGGGACCGGAGCCAGGCUGGAAGUCAAGUGGCCUCUCUCCACCCCAGGAGGGGGUGGUGCCAGCCCAACCUUCCCAGUCCUUUCAGCCUGAUUAGAAACCAGAUAGGUUAGGAAAGAGGAUGGUCAUGGCAGGGCCUGGGAGAAGGGCCAGACCCCAGAGGUGGGCCAGACCCCAGAGGUGGGCUGGAGGUAGGGCAUCCCCCUUCAAGUUGUUUGAGGGAGAAGGCCAGCUUUGUGAUGUGGUCCUGGGGGCCAGGAGGACAGACCAUGAGCCACAAGCCUCUCCGCUCCAGCCAGGGGCGAUGCUUCCUCUCUGUUUGACAGGUGAGACGUACAGGAGGGCUGCACAUCUGUGGGCUGCGUCUCCCUGGAGAGCAGUUGGCCCACCCAGAAGGAAGGAAGCAGAGAAAGUCUCCUGUGACACAGUCAGAGGGUGUGGUCCAUGGGGAAGGAGGAAAGGCAGCCUUUGCACCGACAUCUAAUCUCACUGCUUUAGAAGUGCCCCUCCCACCUGGGCAGCAUGGUUCCAAGCUCUGGUAGGGAAUGUGCUGUCAGCCAGAUAGAACUGCCCAUGUGAAAGAAGGGGAUUGUUAGACCACCUGGUGUCUGGGAGGAAGCAGGGCUGAGCCCAUGAUCUUCCCAGGGGAUGCAAACAAGUGUCCACCCACUUGAAUUGUGUGAACCAAAGCGUCAAGGGCAUGGCCCCAAUCAGCUCGCCCCAGCCCUGCUUCAGGGCCAAGACCAGGCCUGGGUACCCAGGGUGGGGGAGGCGAAAGGACUGUGGGAAUGGCAUCUGACUCCACAGUGCCCUCCUGGCCCAGGGGAACCCUCCCCCAUCAGUCCUGCUGCUGGCCUGGACCCCAGGGGUCUUGCACUGCCAAGAUGUUCUGGACAGCAUCCAGCUACGUCCAAGGCCAGAGCAUUCUCCCUUGGGUACUCCGAGGGUCCCCCUGGGUCUCUGGCUGCCCAGAGGGCUCGUGGAGCCGAGGAUAUCCAAGGCAUAGGGAGUGGGCAGAGGAAGAGAGUUGUUAAGGAAACCAGUGGGUAGCUGGAGUCAACUGAUCUCUGGACAGCUGGGGCCCUCCUCAGGAAGCCCAGAGGACCUUUAUAAUUGAAAAGAUUGUUUUGAACCCAGCUCUUCCCUCUGCCCGCUUCCAGCCCUCUCCCCUGGUCGUGGGUCCUAAAAGAAGACUUGAGUCAGUGCACGCACCAAGGGCCCAGAGGAGCAGGGAGACCCGCCUUGUCCUCCUCUCACCUUAAGAAGUCUGAAAAGCCCCCGUCCGCCUCUUCUGCCUGCCUGGGUCCCCUUCCUGUGCCUGCAGAGAGGGGCUGGUGCUCCCCUCGGUGCUGGCUCCCAGUCACAAUGCCUCAGAAGACGGGGAACCCAGGCUGACAGCAGUCUCAACUGCUAAUUUUUUCCUUUCAUUUUGCUUUCUAAAAGCAGUUGUUAUACUAUUCAUAACAUUGUAUAGUUUAAUUUCAUGUCAUUUUGGAUCUUAUAUAAAAAUGUGAGAAUCUGGAUUUUUAAAAAGAAUGACUCCAUUUUAGAUAGCCCCUUUUGAUGUUAAUAUAUAGUGAGUCCAAUGUAUGCUUUAGAAGUAAAGACAUUGACCAUCACAGACCAAA